AUGGCUAUGAAAGACGAUGAGGCUUUAACAAGUCACUGUGAUGGAGAGACCAGCUGCCAAGACUCUGAAAUUGUGGCAGCCAUGAAAGAUAAUGGAUUUGUCAAAGGAGAGUGUCCCCCAAGAAAUGAGUGGGUGAGCGCGAGACACUUGGUGCCGAAACCCGGAAAAAAAACGCCUCACCAUCGCCGGCGCCGAGGAGAGCCUCCGCUCGUGGAGAGGGUCCAGAACUGCAGGUCGAAAGCUGCCACUAGGUACAGUCAGAAGUCGUGCCUAGAAGAUGAGAAAUGCCGCCCAACAGUAAUAGCAGGGCAAGGGGCGUUAGAGGAGUUACAGGACAGCAUGUCAGAAACAGAGCGAGGUGAAAGAUUAGAAGCUUUAAGAAGGAAAGGUGCACCUAAGAAAAGAGGCCCUUCCAAGGACCUUGGAUCCGAGGAAGCGAGAGAUAGGGGAAAGGAUGCCCUGGGAGAGAAACAGGGGAAGGAGAAGAAAACCCCGAAAAAAAGCCUUUAUCCGGUAGAGAAGUUAGAGGCUUUGGGGCUUGAUAGUUCAGAAACAGACGAGCUUAGCCUCUCUGAGGAAGAGGAUUUAGAAGAUGAGGCAGCUCACUAUGAAGAAGAAAGAUACCACCCAGAUGAAGGACGAGCUAACAGCUUGGGUAAAAAACAGAAGAAAGUGGGAGGUGGAAACCAUGUGGUUUCCCGGCCUAUAAGCCCCAGCGCAUCUUCACCUUAUAUAGAAAGAUUUCACUCAGAUUCCUUCCUCACUAAAGAUGAACAAAAAAAAAUACGGCAGGUAUUUCCGGUGUUUGAGGCUGUUGAUGGAGGCCGUGUUCACGCACCAGUAGAAUAUAUCCAAAUUAAAGAACUUGCCGAGUUGGUCCGUAACUACGGAGUUAGUGCCAAUUUCAUUAUUUCUCAAGUUGAGAGGCUUGCCACUCUGGCUAUGACUCCAGGAGACUGGCAGACAACAGAGAAGGCUGCGCUCCCUAAUAUGGGGCAAUAUAUGGAAUGGAAGGCCUUGUGGUAUGACGUCUCUCAAGCGCAGGCCAAAGUCAAUGCCACUGCUGAAGGCGAUCAAAGAAAUUGGACACUCGAUCUGCUAACAGGACAAGGGCAGUAUGCCAAUAAUCAAACAAAUUACAAUUGGGAAGCAUACGCUCAAAUCUCCGCUGCCACCAUUAAGGCAUGGAAGGCACUUUCCAGGAAGGGAGAGUCUGGGGGACACCUAACAAAAAUUAUACAAGGCCCCCAGGAGUCAUUCUCAGACUUCGUGGCUAGAAUGACAGAGGCAGCAGGCAGGAUCUUUGGAGACCCUGAACAAGCAAUGCCUUUAGUGGAACAGUUGGUCUAUGAGCAAGCCACACAGGAAUGCAGAACAGCUAUUACACCUAGAAAGAGCAAAGGGUUACAGGACUGGCUGAGAGUUUGCCGAGAACUUGGAGGCUCGCUUACUAAUGCCGGCCUCGCGGCUGCUAUUCUACAGGACCAAAAGCGCUCAGGUACAGGUGAUCGCAAGGUCUGCUAUAACUGUGGCAAACCAGGACAUUUAAAAAGGGAGUGCCAGGCCCUCACAAAGAGGAGAGCACCAGGACUGUGUACUAAGUGUGGGAAAGGCUAUCAUUGGGCCAGUGAAUGUCGCUCAGUUAGAGAUAUCAGAGGCAGGCUUAUUCAGCCCGGACCUCCCCAGGCAGAAGAAGGCGAAAAUGCUCCCGGGUAUCCGGGCCCCAAGUCUCAGGGCCCCAAAACAUAUGGGACCCCAGCCCACAACAAGUGGACACCACGGUCCACAGAGCUACAGAAGGCUCAGCAGGAGUGGACCUCCGUUCCACCACCCAAUUCAUGCUAA